GCGGGACUGAUUGUUGCUUCAGUUGAGCUUGGGGGAGGAGAAGGAGGGGCUGGAUCCUGUCCGGCUAGGAAGGAAAGGCUCCAGUUAGCAAGUGUUGGAAAACGACUCUCUGAGGUGGCUCGAGAGAAAAGGAUGUACAAAAAGCUGGAGGACGGAGAGGUCUCAGAAUUUACAUGUUUUGAUCUAACGUGGCUGUCAUCCAUCCCUUCUGGCAAGCAACAACACGAUGUCAAAUAGAAAUAAUCUUGCUUACCACAGUCUUAGAAUAGGCAGCUAAGAUAAACAGCUAUAACAGGAAAUUUGGCUCUGGUGGACCACAAACAUCACUGAUUCGGUGGAGUCUCAUCUUGUGCAGGUUUGAUAUUCCAACAAGAUGUUGGAAGAGUAUGGCCAUAUGCAAAACCAGGUGGAAUUACAAAAUACCAGUUUAGGAAAGGAGGUAGUUAUGAAUUCUCUUGAAAGUGAUCUCCACCAUAUAAUGGAUAGACUCAGCCAGAAAAAAUAUUCAUCAAGUCUGAAAUUAAAAACAAAUGAAGACUACUCUGGUUCUUAUUUAACUCUCUCCCAGCCUCUGGCACCUAAACUGAGCCCUGCAUCCAGUGUUAAAAGUAUGCCAUCUGUUUCCAAAAUUCAAGGAAUCAAACCUUUGGCUUGUGAGAACUCUUAUCUUUCAGACAAAAAUGUCUCCAUAAAGCAUAUGGGCCCCAUUUCAGGCACGUUCUCAUCUCUAAGUGGGUACAGCCUAGGAAAGAAAGACUUCGAUAUUUAUGCUACCAGAGAAAAUGAAAAACAGUUUGGACGUCUGGAUAAAUUUCCCUAUUCAAAGUACAGUCAGAAGAAUAAAUCUCAUGAUAGUGUCUACUUCCCAGGAGUGCUGGAUGGGUGGAAAAACUCUGGAUCUCUUCUUGCAAUGUGGAAUGGGAAUUCAGGAAAUGAUAUAAUAAUUUCACCAGUCAGCAACUCUGGAGCUGCCAGUAUGCCCUCCAGUCCAAAACAAAGCAGGAAAAUGAAUAUACACGACAUCAUGUCAGUUCAGGCCAGGCCACCUAAACAUAAGGACUCAGCAGUGGAAGCUCAAGGGCCUAGAACCAGAAAAUAUCCAGGUGGUUCACUGAGUCAUAUGGGAGUUUAUAGUCGGUCAUUACCCAGGCUUUACAAAUCAACAGAAAGCCAACUCACGCCACUGAGUUUACCCCCAAGAAACUCUCUUGGGAAUUCCAAAAGAAAGAAGACUAUUGAAAAAGACCUUCUACCUCAAAAUAUACUGGAUGCUGACAAUUACCUUAAUUUUUCUUGCACCUCAGGAGUAUUGCCAUACUCAAACUUUGCACCUGAAGUGAAUUCCUAUGUAAAUUCAACUCUCAGUGUUCCUGCAAGCCCCCGGAUAGCUAGAAAAAUGCUUUUGGCAUCCAAUUCCUCAUAUGCACUUGAUGACUUUGAUAGGAUUGGAGUGUUGGGGACAAGCCCUAGUAAUUCAUUCAUUCCUUUGGAUCCUGAGAGAGUGUUCCCUGUGAGGAGGAGAGUUUCCAAUAGCUCCAUGGAGUUUGAUGAAACAGAUUUGGAAAGCCUUAGGCAGACUCCUUCCAUUCGAGAGAGAAAGAACAGCAUUAGUUCUGUUUCUGGAAGAGAUGACCUAAUGGACUACCACAGGAGACAGAGAGAAGAAAGGCUUAAAGAACAGGAAAUGGAGAGGCUGGAGCGCCAGCGGCUAGAGACCAUUCUCAAUCUGUGUGCAGAAUAUUCCAAGCCUGACAAUGAACCUGCCACUGUCACUUCUGUAGCUGAUGUUCAGAAAAUUAAUAAAGAACUUGAAAAACUCCAGUUGUCUGAUGAAGAUUCUGUCUUUGAAGAUUCUCAGAUAACAGUGGACUCAAGAUUCAGAGAUCAUUUGCAGCUUUCAGCUGAAGAUCCUGACUUCUCUGAAUUCAGUGAUCUUGGACAAAAUUCUAUGGGUUUCUUUUCCUCAAGAGGAAUCAGAACGAAUAAACAUUUAAAUGGCAACAGGACAAGUUCACCUUUAUCUGCUUCUGCUUUCAUGAAGGAUGUCAGUGAAUCUUCCUAUCUAAGCAUUAUGUCAAAGUCACCAGAAUGCAUAAGCAAUGAACAAACAGCAUCAGAACUUAAUCAAAUGGAAGAACAGCGCAUUAUAAUAUUAAAUAACUUGGAAGAACUUGAACAAAAGAUCAAAGACUUAAAUGACCAGAUGGAUGAAUCCUCCAGAGAGAUGGAUAUGGAAUGUGCCCUGUUGGGAGCAGAGCAGAAAUCUGAAACAGCUGAACUUCUCAAGGAGAAGGAAAUAGUAGAUCAUUUAAACAGGAAGAUAGCAGAGCUGGAGAGAAAUGUCAUUGGUGAAAAGGCCAAGGAAAAAAUAAAGCUUGAUGCUGAGAGGGAAAAACUAGAAAAGCUUCAGGAGCUUUACUCCGAGCAGAAGACUCAGCUUGAUAAUUGCCCCGAGUCCAUGAGGGAACAAUUACAGCAGCAGCUAAACAGGGAUGCAGACUUGUUGGAGGUAGAAAGCAAACAUUUUGAAGAUCUGGAAUUUCAGCAGCUUGAAAAUGAGAGCAGAUUAGAUGAAGAAAAAGAGAACUUAACACAGCAGCUUCUGCGUGAAGUUGCUGAAUAUCAGCGUAGCAUUGUCAAUAGAAAGGAAAAAGUUUCUGCUCUCAAAAAACAAGCCAAUCACAUUGUACAACAAGCACAAAGAGAACAAGAUCAUUUUGUCAAAGAGAAAAAUAAUUUACUAAUGAUGUUGCAAAGGGAGAAAGAAAAUCUUUGCAAUCUAGAAAAGAAGUAUUCCUCACUAUCAGGAGGCAAAGGAUUCCCUCUGAAUCCCAGCAGUCUAAAAGAGGGCUUUGUGAAUGUAAAUGACAUUAGUGACCUGCAUGGCAAUUCCACGAAUAUAUCCCCUUCCAUUCAAGCCCCCUCUGCUGCUGGUGCUGUUCCCACUGAACCUUCCACAGCUGGCCUGAUAAGCCAGUCACAAAAUAAAGAGCACUUCCGAAAUUUGGAAGAGAGAAAGAAGCAGCACAAAGAAGGCCUGUACAUGAGUGAUACUUUGCCCCGCAAGAAAUCUGCUCCUCCUAUAUCACCUCAUUUCAGUAGUUCUACUCUUGGACGAAGUGUUAAGAGUCACCUGCCACUUGGACAAAGCAGUAGCUGUGGCAGCAUACUUCCUCAUUGUUCAGGAUCUAUGACCAAAGAAUUGGAGUCAAGGAGAACACAUAAAGGUUAUAACCAUCAGCAUAUGCAUGAGGAUCAAAGCCAGAAGCCACCUGAAUUCUACAGCAGAACUGCCUCAGAAUCCAAUGUGUAUCUGAACACCUUUAAUUAUCCUAAUCCUAAUCUGAAAGGCCAUGCCUUUGACACGCUUAGCUUAGAUAGCUCAGACAGCAUGGAGACUAGUAUAUCUGCCUGUUCCCCAGAUAAUAUUUCCAGUGCCAGUACUGCAAACGUGGCGCGGAUAGAAGAGAUGGAAAGACUUUUAAAACAAGCUCAUGCUGAGAAGACACGAUUGCUUGAAUCCAGGGAACGAGAAAUGGAAGCUAAAAAAAAAGCACUAGAAGAAGAAAAGCGUCGCAGAGAACAGCUAGAGAAAAGGUUACAAGAAGAAACUAGUCAGCGACAAAAACUAAUAGAAAAAGAAGUUAAGAUACGUGAAAAACAGAGAAGUCAGUCUCGUCCUUUGACCCGUUAUUUGCCAGUCAGAAAGGAAGAUUUUGAUCUCCGCAGCCACAUAGAGACAGCUGGCCACAACAUAGAGACUUGUUACCAUGUCUCACUCACUGAGAAGACCUGCCGAGGCUUUCUUGUUAAGAUGGGAGGGAAAAUUAAAACUUGGAAAAAACGAUGGUUUGUGUUUGAUAGAAACAAGAGAACAUUUUCUUAUUAUGCAGACAGACAUGAAACUAAAUUAAAGGGAGUAAUUUAUUUCCAAGCCAUUGAAGAAGUCUAUUAUGAUCAUUUAAAGAAUGCUUGUAAGAGCCCUAAUCCAUUGCUUACUUUCAGCGUUAAAACUCAUGACAGAAUAUAUUAUAUGGUGGCCCCAUCGCCAGAAGCUAUGCGGAUAUGGAUGGAUGUAAUAGUUACAGGAGCAGAAGGCUACACCCACUUCAUGUUGUAGUUAAAUGGUGCUACGUUUCCUCAAUAGGGCAUAAUGCAAUAAUAGCUGUGUUUGUGAUGGUGGAAAGCCAUAUUUAGUCAUAUUUGACAAGUCAUAUGUACAAAAUAACAAGAAUCCUACCAGAACACCUAAUCUUAUGCUCCGAAAAGAAAUACAUCAUAUGUAAGGGAGCAUCAUGUUCUGGUCAGGUUUGUUUUCUUUUGCUGUGUUUUAGAUUCAUUAGUUGUUGACAUAGUGGGUGGGGGGGAAGCUACUUAAAAUAUGAUAAUCCUCCAAUAAUAGAUAAUCAGAUAGCCAUAAGCCAAUUUUUGUGGCAUUUUCUUACAAAUUCUACCAUGCAGAACUUUCCUUAUGAAAAUAAAUGUCAUAAGUUAACAGUGUUGCUAUACUUUUAAGUAUAAUAUUUUGUAUUAAGAAGUAAAAGAAAGAUAUGAUGUCUCUAUAUUUAAUGUAUAGGAUUUAUGAACAAUUUUAUGUUCUUUUCCUUACAAGUAUUUUAUAACCAAUUUUAAACCACUGUUUGCAGUGUUUUUGACUUAAAACACAACCAAAGAUUCAUACCAUGUGUUGAGAUUUAGUUUUAUGUAAUAGAAGAGUUUUUAAAUUCUUUUAUAUAUGCUAGUGGAGUUUUAAAGUAUUUCUGUCUAUAUCUUGGAAAUGCUGGAUGUUAGUUUGAAUGUUAACAAAAAAAAUAGUAUCUUUAGGGUCUUCGAAAUAUCAGAAGUUUCUUUUUGGAGGAUAGAAUCAGAUAAAAAUCCACAUUGAGCAAUCACAUUCUGCAUUUCUUUAGCUGAGGCUGUUACUUAAUUUCUUAACAAAUUACAACCCUCUUCACAAAAUUAUUCCUUCAUCAGUUAUAGCAGUACAGCUUAGUAGAAUUAAGAACUGUAAUUAAAAAAACAUGACUAUGUAUGGUUACAAUGACCAUUUAGUAUCCUAAAAAAGACAGAUUUCCCCAACAGCACAGUGUUUGUGGGUAAAAUUACAAGUCUUUGGAAACUAUAUUCACAACUUUUCCAUAUAAAAUAAAUAUUUUAAUUUAUUAAUGUAGGUGAUUAUUUUCCCAGGCUAAGUUGGCUUAGAAACUAGAACAUGAAUCUUUGGACAUACUGAAGAUAAGAUCAGUCAUGAAGAAAAGUCUUCAAAUCUUUUCUGAAUUAUAUUUCCAUUGAUGAUGAAGAAGCAUUUCUUUUUUGGCACACAGACAUAUCCUGCAGCUAGUUUGAUAGGUGUCCGAAUAGAAGCCAUGAAAAUUUAUUUUGUAUCAGAAACAAAAUAACAACAGUCCCAUUACACAUUCUUUUUAGUGCUGUGCUUCUGAUUUUAUAUUCUAGAUCAUUCUUUAUGUAUUAAUUUAUGUUGCUCUUUAACACAGAAAAAUAUUUCUAUUUUUUCACGAAUGUACUGAGGAAGCUGUCACUGCAUUUCUCUUGAAUAAAGUACAGUAAAUAAUCCUUUCUGUUCCUUAUGGGGUCUGAAGAAAUGAUAUGGGGACCAUAGCUCAGUAACAGAGCAUAUGCAGUGUGCAGACACUUCCAGGGUCAAGCUCAGCCACCUUUGAUUUAAAAAGUAUGAGUAGUGGAUUAUAAGAAAUACUUCUUCUUGAGACCUUACUGAACUGCUCCCAGAGGUGAUAAUACUGGGCUGAAUCACUUACUGAUUCCAGGCCCAGUAGGUCAAUUAAUUGAUGGUCUAGAGCCUGUAUCUAGCACUUGCCUUACCAAGUCUAAAUUUUUUAUGCAUUCAAGGGAUCACCAUGUUAUGUUCUUAAGAUUAUAUAUUCCUUAAAGAUCAUUUUUGUUUAAAAUACUUUGCCAGUCUUUGGAUAUUGUAUUCAGAUGAAGUUUGGAUUUUGUAUCAUGUUUGUAUUUGAUGUUGCCUUUUAAUAUUUUGAUCUUGUACAUGCCAUGUUUUCAGUGCACUAAACUAAAAUUGUUGUAUCUCCUUAAGAAAAUUAUAAAUAAUAAACCACUUUCAGAAAUAGUUAUAAUUUUAAAAUAUAAUUGAAUUUAUUAUAGUGUGUGAUGCCAAGUAGCAUGAUUAUAGCAAUUUAAAAGUGCCACAUGUUUUCAAAUGGAUUUACAUGAAAAGAAAUCACAUAGAAACUUGUGAUUUAAAUUGUUAAAUCAGGGCUUAAAGUUGUUUUUCCUUUAAUUGAUCAAACGUACAUAGAGAAUGAACUAUUCAAUUGUAUAUAAACAGCGUAAAAAUAUGUUUUAACUCACUGGGAUUUACUUAUGUUUGUGUGCACCAGACAAAAAGGCAUUAAGUUGGAUCAAGACUUACUCAUAUUCAGAGUAGACACACUGAAAUCCAUCAAAAUUAAGUUUGUCAUCAAUAGCAAGGUGAAUUGAUUCCAGUAAUUCUGUUCUAGAUACAAUUCAGCUGGAUCCACCCCAGUGUAAAAAACAACAAAAAGAAAAACUAUGAAAAGCCUAAUUUGUGUCUUCUGAAGGAAAAGGAGAUUGCAAAUUUUGCUUAACCAAUGUUAGAAGAAAAAUUCCAGAAACGUCAUUGGUUUUCAUAGUUUCUAUUGCAUAUUUUAAAUUUACUUCUAUAUACAUUUUACAGCUUUGCUUGCUCUUUCUUUUUCUUUCUUUCUUUCUUUCUUUCUUUCUUUCAUCUUGCAUGUUGUAAUAGCGACAUUUAAAUAAAUGUUUAAAAUACAUUUUCAAA